CUCCCACCAUCUCAAAGCACAAAGUUUUCUCUUCAACCAAAUAAACAUUUUCUCUCAUUUUUCUCUCAAUUCCUAAGAAAAACACACUCUCAACCCUUCACACAGCUUAAAAUAUGUCUGGUAACCGUAUCAUACCCGGCGCCAAACCCGGCACCACCAACAAUCCUGCCAUCAUAAUCAACGUCAACAAUCCUGUCAUCAUAAUCAACAAUCCCGCCACCAACACCCACCGCCACCAACCCGCCGCCACUAAACUCCCCGCAUUUUGAUGGCUAUAUUCAGGUGUUUGACAUGCCAGUAGAGACACAGAUAUAAGAUUAAUGUGUGAUUAAGUGGUUUUCUCUUCUUUUUUUUUUUCUUUUCUGGGUGUAAUUGUUUUGGAUUUUCAUAAUAAACAAUAUUUUUCUAU